GAAAGGCCCUAAAGUGACACUACCCAUCUUGUAAUAUGAUAACUAUCUGGAAUUUACCCUAAAAUAAUCUACAUUGAUUUCAUUUUUUUUUCUGGUCAUAGGUCCCUCUCAGUCUUUUUCACUUGGAUCAUCACUUGCUCACUGAGCACUUGUAGUUCUUCUGCUAGCAUUGCUCAGAUUCACCAAUGCCGGGCAUUUGAGAUGGCUUCAAAUCGAUGAGAACUUCUAUUUCUCUUCUACUUCUGGUUUUCCGUCAGAGUGAGCAUUACCAGCUUAUUCGUUUCGAGAAGCCCAGAAAAACGCAUCCCUUCUCAUCAAUGGAGGCGGCGUUUUUCUUGGCCUAGAUUGGAUUUCCUCGAGUACUGGGUUCCGAGUUUCUUCUUUGAUCAAUCUGGGUUUUGGUUUGAUCUUCUGGGUUGGUAUCUGCUUCUCCAAUGGCAGCCUCCUCUGUUGCUUCUCCUCUUUGUACGUGGCUCGUCGCUGCUUGCAUGUCGGUUGCUUACGAGAAAGAAUACUCUCUGAAGCCUUCUUCCUUUCAGUCUUCGAAGAGAUUGAGCAGGUGGGCUAUGAGAAGGAAACUUGUCUCGAAAUGUAGUGCUGGUGGCCAUGAUUUUCCAGGAAACUUGAUUUCGGCCUUCUGUGGAUCGAGUAUUCAAGGUCUAAUGAGUUCUUGUUUGGCGUUCGAGCCGUGCGAGGAGUAUUAUAGUUCCAAAGGUCUGUCUUCUUUGGCAUUCUUUGGUGACAAUGGGUUCUCGCUGUUUGGGUCUAGGAACGGGCCAAUGACUCGUAGGCAAAGGCGAAUGAAUCGAAGCGCUCACUCUGGAAAAACCAUGGCUGUAGCUGUACAACCUGCAAAGGAAGUCACAACAAAGAAGAAGCUUCCUACCAAUAAAAGGAAAGUUGUUGUAACAGGGAUGGGUGUGGUGACUCCAGUUGGUCAUAAUCCAGAUGUCUUCUACAAUAAUCUGCUUGAAGGAAUUAGUGGCAUAAGUGAGAUAGAGGCAUUUGACUGUGCCCAUUUUCCAACGAGAAUUGCUGGGGAAAUCAAGUCUUUCUCAACAGAUGGAUGGGUUGCACCUAAACUUUCUAAAAGGGCAGACAAAUUCAUGCUGUACAUGCUCACAGCUGGCAAGAAAGCCUUGGCAGAUGGUGGAAUUACAGAAGAUGUCAUGGAUGAAUUAGAUAAAUCUAGAUGUGGGGUUUUAAUUGGCUCUGCAAUGGGUGGCAUGAAGGUCUUUAAUGAUGCAAUAGAAGCUCUAAGAGUUUCAUAUAAGAAGAUGAAUCCCUUUUGCGUACCUUUUGCUACUACAAAUAUGGGCUCUGCAAUGCUUGCUAUGGAUCUGGGAUGGAUGGGCCCAAAUUAUUCAAUCUCAACUGCUUGUGCAACAAGCAAUUUUUGUAUACUAAAUGCGGCAAACCACAUUAUCAGAGGUGAAGCUGACAUGAUGCUUUGUGGUGGUUCUGAUGCAGCAAUUAUACCUAUUGGCUUGGGAGGUUUUGUUGCAUGCAGAGCACUCUCACAGAGAAACAAUGAUCCAACUAAAGCUUCGCGCCCUUGGGAUAUUAAUCGUGAUGGAUUUGUCAUGGGAGAGGGAGCUGGUGUCCUGCUUUUGGAAGAGUUAGAACAUGCCAAGAAAAGAGGUGCAAGUGUAUAUGCAGAAUUUCUUGGUGGAAGUUUCACAUGCGAUGCUUAUCACAUGACUGAACCUCAUCCUGAUGGGGCAGGUGUUGUUCUGUGUAUAGAAAAAGCCUUAGCCCAAUCUGGGGUGGCCAGGGAAGACAUCAAUUAUGUAAAUGCACAUGCUACAUCAACACAAUCUGGUGACCUAAAAGAGUACCAAGCACUUAUUCACUGUUUUGGUCAGAAUCCUGAGUUGAGAGUGAACUCCACAAAAUCCAUGACUGGUCACCUACUAGGAGCAGCAGGUGCUGUUGAAGCCGUUGCAACGGUGCAGGCUAUACGGACCGGGUGGAUCCAUCCAAACAUCAAUCUUGAAAACCCUGACAAAGGCAUUGACACUAAUGUGCUAGUUGGCCCGAAGAAGGAAAGGCUGGACAUAAAGGUGGCUCUGUCUAAUUCCUUUGGAUUCGGAGGCCACAACUCAUCAAUUUUAUUUGCUCGUUACAGGUAAUCUGGUGAGAAAAUCCAACCUUUAUUUGGGGGUAAAGGUAUUUGUUGUUGGAUUGUUUUGAUGUGUUCAUUUUUUUUUUUUUUUCGAGGACGGAAGCAUGUCAAAGUGUCUGUGUUGUAGUGGGAGGCCCCAGAGGUCUCUUGAGCUCUUGCCUUUUAUCUCAACUCAAGGGUAAAAGUAUGCCCCUUGGUUUGAUAAAUUUCUGUACUACAAGGAUAGAAGCUACUUAUUAAUCAUAAUUUCUUUGGGUUCUUAAAGGACAAACGGGGAAGAAAAAUUCUUUGUACAAAAUAUUUUUGAGAAAUCUGUCGUAGUUUCAGAUUUAGGUUUACUUGGGAUGUAAAUUUAGAGGCUGUAUGCCACUGGAAACGUGUAGUUCUCACCUGUCUAGGCCCCCUGGACCAACAGAUUGGUGAGCCGUCUUCAACGAGAUCGGCUUCGGUGUUCACAAGAUCGUGAUCAUACCGUUGGCACAACCUUACUGUGAGCACUGAAACUGAUUUUGUCAUAUACUGUGGUAGCACAGUGAUUUGAUUGAUCAGAUGACCCUACCUACUUGUCUCAUUGAUCGUUGAAACACUUAGUUUGUUGUGCAAAGUAAGAGCACUGUCUCGGUGAAUGACGGUAAAUGCAAUGCGAGUGUUUUGCUUGUUA